AUGCGUAUAGCAGAUUCGGGAUUGGGAUGGAAAGCAAGUGCCAGUGCAACAAAUGGUUCAGCAUCACCAGAACAGCAAACAUUCUUGUUACCUCGUGAAGAGAUAUUAGUCACUACGUGGUCACGAGGCUCAAAGGGAUACGAGUUGAGAAUACAGACUAAGAACAAGGGAGUAGUUCUGUUGGACGGAUUCCAUCCUGAUGACUUUGCACAAUUGAAGCAAGAAUUGACACGGAAUUUUCAUGUCAAUUUGGAGCACAAGGAGCACUCGUUGAGGGGAUGGAAUUGGGGAACUACAGAUUUGGCUAGAAACGAACUAGUUUUCAAUGUCAAUAAUAAACCGUCGUUUGAAAUUCCUUAUGAUGCCAUUUCGAACUCCAAUUUAACUGGUAAAAAUGAGGUUGCCAUCGAGCUUAAUUUGGAGAAAAGUAACAAGAAAAUGGGAGAUGAAGUGGUUGAGAUGAGGUUUUAUGUGCCAGGAACUACUUUUGAGGAAGAAACAACUACAGUAAAGAAUGAGGAUGGUGAGGAGGAAGAAGUAAUUGCAAAAAACUUGGAAACGGAACAAAGCGCAGCACAAGCAUUUUACGAGCAGUUGAGGGACAAGGCAGACAUUGGACAAAUUGCAGGUGAAGCCAUUGUGUCAUUUGGUGAUGCAUUGUUUCUCACACCAAGAGGUCGAUAUGAUAUUGACAUGUACUCCAAUUCUUUGAGGUUGAGGGGUAAAACAUAUGAUUACAAAAUCCAGUAUGAUCAAAUUGAACGUAUCUUUUCGUUACCCAAACCAGAUGAGGUUCACCACUUGAUCAUUUUGCAAAUUGAUCCACCAUUGAGACAGGGUCAGACUAGGUAUCCAUUCUUGGUCUUGCAAUUUGUGAAAGAUGAGGAGACCGAGUUGGAAUUAAACUUGAGUGAUGAGGAAUUUGAAGAAAAGUAUAAAAACAGGUUGAAGAAGACUUAUGAUGCUCCAACACAUAUUGUCAUGGCCCACUGUCUUCGUGGUUUAACAGAGAAGAAGUUGGUGAUACCAGGUUCGUUCCAGUCCAGAUUUUUGCAACCAGGUAUUUCGUGUUCAGUUAAGGCUUCCGAAGGUUAUUUGUAUCCAUUGGAAAGAUGCUUUAUGUUUGUGACCAAACCUACUCUUUACAUUCCAUACAGUGAAAUUAGUAGUGUUGGGUUGUCCAGAGCAGGAGGAGGCGUAUCUGCGUCAAGAACAUUCGAUUUGGAAGUAAACAUUAUUGGGUCUACUGUGAAACAUGUUUUUGGCAGUAUUGAGAGAGAGGAACAAGAAAAUAUUGAGAAAUUUUGUGUUGGUAAAGGACUUAGAGUUAAGAACGAGGAAAAGAUUGCCAAGCAAAGAUUGGCAAAGGCGUUGGAACAAGAAGCAGACAUGGACGCUGACGACAAUGACGUGGACAUGGGAAGUGCUGACGAUGAUGAUGAGGAUGCUGACGACGACUUCCAAUCCGGUUCCGAUUCCGAUGUUGCAGAAGAAUUCGAUAGUGAUGCCGCCGAAUCCAGUGGAGAUGAAGAAGAUGAAGGAGAUGACAGACCGCCAACUAAAAAGCCAAAGAACUAG